GAAGUUUUUCCUCUGUAACUUAGAAGACAGCAGAUGUCUCUGGAUUUGUAAAAUAGACACAUAAAACUCAAAGUGUGAGAUGAUUCAGUCCGGCUGUCCUGAAGCUCCUCCCCUAGACUGGAAAGAGAAAGUGAAAGAAUUUCAGAGAGGAAGACAAACACUCGUCCUGCUGUGAGAGACGGCAGACAUGGAGGACGGCUAUCAGCGGAUCGGAAGCGAGUCGGAGGACCGAGCUCCAGCUUCUUGGAGGAAGUUCUUCACCAUCCUGACAGGAAGAACAAAUGGAGCUCAUCAGUCUGUUGUCAGAACCUUUAAAUCUGUGGGUCAAACUGAGGCGAGGUCUCCUGGAGACGCUGACUACUGUCUGGCUUUCUGUCCCGUCUCGUCUCGGGUUGGGACAGACGUCAGUGAGGCCAUGGAGCAUCUUCCUGCUGGUAAAGCCGCCGUUCUGGUGGUGAUGCAUCACACCUUCAAUCCUGAACAAGUGAUUCCUCCGAGCCGCAGAGUGGUGACAGACCCGAGAGUCCGGCUGACUCUGGACUGUCUGUUCCACCAGAACAAGCUGCUCAGGUGUCAACUCAACAGGAACAUGAAGAACGACAUCUGGAGGUUCUUCAGAUCACAGUCACUGCUGUUACCUACAGUGGUCAGGUUGUACUGCCGGCUGUUCUCGUCAGCUACGCUGCACAUGGUCUCUCUGACUCGGUACUUGGUCUGGGCUGGAUGCAAACAUCCAAAAUCUCUACUAUUUGUAUUGGGAGCAUUUGGAGUGAUAUCAUGUCUCUCUCCGAGGGAGAAAAUAUCAGCUCAUCCUUGGAUGUUCUAUCAAGAUAUUUGGGGCGAAUGUCCUGCCAUCAUUCUACCAAUAGCUUAUUAUCUUUGAGGCAAACUUUGCUAAAAAAAAAAAAAAAAAAAAAAGAAAAGUGCAAAA